ACUCACUCUCUCCCUCUCUCUACUGGACGGUAUAGAUAGAUAGAUAGAAAGCGCUCUUUCCCACAGCCGGAGAGGUUUGAUUGUUUUUUCCGCUCUGCAGUCCGAGAAGAAGCGGAGAACAUCGUGGAAACAACCAGACAAAAAAAGAGGAGGGGAGAAAACUUUAAGAAAAAGAAGGGCAUACAUAAUAAGAAUAAGAAGAGGAAAGAAGAUUGGUGGAUAGAGUGGCUGUCUUUUUCUAUCUAUCUAUCUAUCUAUCUAUCUAUCUAUCUAUCUAUCUAUCUAUCUAUCUAUCUAUCUGUCUAUCUAUCUAUCUAUCUGUUUAUCUAUCUAUCUCUGGACGCGUGCGGAGGAAUUUAUUGUCGUUCGCCAGGGGCUCACUGACUUUCAGGUGAAGUUUUGGGGCAGCGGACGGGAGGAGAGGCGGCACAAUGCGGAGGUCGAGCUCCACUUUCACCGCCGCCGCCUGCCUUCACCUCCUCAUCCACUGCUUCUGCGUGAAGCUGUGUGAAACAUCAGGCCAUUUCGAGUUGCGCGUGCUGUCGGUCCGGAACGUGAACGGCGAGCUGCAGAGCGGUUCUUGCUGUGACGGCACAAGGAACGCAGCGGACAAGAACAGAUGCACGAGGGACGAGUGCGAUACAUAUUUCCGCCUCUGCCUUAAGGAGUACCAGUCCAGGGUGACCCCCGGUGGGCCAUGCAGUUUCGGCAGCGGGGUGACCCCGGUGAUCGGCGGGAACGUGGUGCCGGCGGAAAGCCUGGAGGAGAACGACAAGGCUCGCAUCGUGCUGUCGUUCAGCUUCGCCUGGCCGAGGUCGUACACGCUGAUCGUUGAGGCCUUGGACUUCAACAACGACUCGAGCACAGGCAGUGGCAGUGGUCAGGUGAUCGAGAGGGCCGUGCAGUCUGGGAUGAUCAACCCGAGCCGGCAGUGGCAGACGCUGAGGCACAACGGCGGUGUGGCGCAGUUCGAAUAUAAGAUCCGCGUCACCUGCGACGACCAUUACUACGGCUUCGGCUGUAACAAAUUCUGCCGGCCGCGAGACGACUUCUUCGGCCACUACAACUGUGACCACAACGGCAACAAGACGUGCCUGGAGGGAUGGGCUAGCCCCGAGUGCAGCACUGCGAUCUGUAGGCAAGGCUGCAGCACCAAGCACGGAUCCUGUAAAGUGCCUGGAGAGUGCAGGUGUUUGUACGGGUGGCAGGGGGAGUACUGCGAUCAGUGUAUCCCACACCCCGGAUGUGUAUAUGGUACCUGUGAGGAACCCUGGCAGUGUCUCUGUGACACCAACUGGGGAGGACAACUCUGCAACAAAGACCUAAACACGUGUGGCACGCAACAGCCGUGUUUGAAUGGAGGCACCUGCGGUAAUACGGGACCAGACAAGUAUCACUGCUCCUGUCCUGAGGGUUACUCUGGCCAGAAUUGCGAGCGAGCUGAUAAUGCCUGUCUGUCAGAUCCGUGUCUGAACGGGGGACACUGUACGGAGAGCAGUCAGGGCUUCGAGUGUCACUGUGCUCCGGGAUGGACCGGUCCCACCUGCGCCAUCAACAAAGACGACUGUAGUCCAAACCAGUGCAAUCAUGGAGGAACUUGUGUGGACCUCGUCAACGGCUUCAAGUGCAUCUGUCCUGCACAGUGGAUCGGCAAAACCUGUCUCAUUGAUGCGGACGAGUGUGCUGAGAGCCCGUGUGUGAACGCUCAUGUAUGCAGAAAUCUGAUUGGUGGAUAUUACUGCGAGUGUCUCCCGGGUUGGACAGGACAGAACUGUGACAUCAAUGUUAACGACUGCCAAGGGCAGUGUCUGAACGGAGGAUCUUGUAAGGAUCUGGUGAACGGGUACAGGUGUGCGUGUGCGCCGGGAUUCACGGGCGAACACUGCGAGAAGGACGUUGACGAGUGCGCCAGUCAGCCCUGCCUGAACAAGGGCCAAUGCCGCGAUGACAUCAACGGCUUCCAGUGCCUGUGCCUGCCCGGCUUCUCUGGAACCCUGUGCCAGCUGGAUAUCGACUACUGCGAGGGAAACCCGUGUCAGAACGGCUCGCCGUGUUUCAACCUGGCCACUGAUUAUUACUGCAAAUGUUCCGAGGAUUACGAGGGAAAGAACUGCUCCCAUCUCAAAGACCACUGUCGCACCACACCCUGUGAAGUUAUUGACAGCUGCACCGUCGCCGUGGUUUCGAACAGCACCCCGGGCAAUGUCCGCUACAUAUCGUCAAACGUGUGCGGGCCGCACGGGCGAUGCCGUAGCCUCGCCGGUGGCCAUUUCAGCUGCGAGUGUCAGGACGGAUUCACCGGGACCUACUGUCACGAGAACAUCAACGACUGCGAGAGCAUCCCGUGCCGUAACGGAGGGACGUGUAUCGAUAAAGUCAACGUGUAUCAGUGUAUCUGCGCUGACGGCUGGGAAGGACCCGACUGUGAAACUAAUAUCGAUGACUGCAACACGAACCCGUGCCAUGAUCGCGGUGUGUGUCGCGACCUGGUCAACGACUUCUACUGCGAGUGCAAAAACGGCUGGAAGGGCAAAACCUGUCACUCACGUGAGAGCCAGUGUGACGAGACGACAUGCAACAACGGCGGCACCUGCUAUGACGAAGGAGACUCCUUCAAAUGCAUGUGUGCACCUGGUUGGGAGGGGACGAGCUGCAACAUCGCGAAAAACAGUAGCUGCCUUCCCAAUCCGUGUGAGAACGGCGCGACCUGCGUCGUCACCGGCGACCGCUUCACCUGCGUGUGCAAGGAAGGCUGGGAGGGACUGACCUGCAGCCAGAACUCGAAUGACUGCAACCCACACCCAUGCUACAACAGUGGGACAUGUGUAGACGGGGAUAACUGGUACCGGUGUGAGUGUGCCGCGGGCUUCGCCGGACCCGACUGUCGCAUCAACAUUAACGAGUGCCAGUCGUCUCCGUGUGCAUUCGGCGCGACAUGUGUGGACGAGAUUAACGGUUACCGCUGCCUGUGUCCACCCGGGAGGACCGGAGCCAGGUGUCAGGAUGUAGACGGGAGUCCCUGCACGGACAGCGGACGCAUCAUCGCUGACGGGGCAAGAUGGGACACAGACUGUAACACCUGCUACUGUCACAACAGCAGGGUCACCUGCACCAAGUUGUUGUGUGGACCGAAGCCGUGCCGUCUGCUCGGAGCCGGGCGAGGAGAUUGUCCUGCAGGUCAGAUGUGUGUCCCUGUGCGUGAGGAUCGCUGCUUCGUGCGCCCGUGCCCCACACAAGGUGAAUGCUGGUCUGACCAAAGCACAAAAGUCCAGUCCCGGUGCCACCCAGACAGCGACUGCGUCAACGCCACGUUCAGGUUCACCAAGGACGUCAUGCCACAGGGCGUGACUGUGGAGCAGGUGUGCAGAGAACUGCGCAGUCUCUAUGUGGUGAAGAACCUCUCGUCCGAGUUCUCCAUCUCCAUCACCUGUGAACCUUCCACCACGGCCAGCAGCGAAAUACACGUCGCCAUUCAGGUUUCCGAUGGAGGAGGUGGUGGUGGUGUUGGUGGCCAGGCCCCGGUGAAAGGGAUCACAGACUGGAUCAUCGACGUGGUGAGCAAACGCAGCGCUAACGGGACCAUCCUGACUGCCAUCGCUGAGGUCCGCGUCCAGCAGCCCAGGUCCAGCAGCCCGAACGAUUACCUGGUACCAGUGCUGGUUUCCGUGGCAACCGUGAUCUGGGCACUGGCCUUGGUGUGGGCGGCUUUGUGGUGGGUACGUCGGCGGCGCAAGCAAAACGCGAGCGCCACGGCGACCGGGUAUGCCUCGGCGCCGUCGUCGCCCCCGAGCGCCGAGGACAACAACGCGGCCAACAACGCUCGCGAGAACCUGCACCAGAUCAAGAACCGUAUCGAGAAGAACGCCGUCAGCGCCAAGAUCGGGUCGCAGAAACACCCGCCGCAGGAGACGCCGCCGCCCGAGGACGACCCGGAUGCAGAAAAGCAUCUUCACAAAGCGAGGUUUCCGCGGCGACCGGUCUACGCGCCGGUGGAGUGCGACGAGCGGCCGAGCGGCCUUCACGCCAAACGAGCUCACUGGACUAACAAACGCGACAACAGAGACUUGGAGUCGCAGAACAGCUUGCACAAAAUGGAGUAUAUCGUAUAGCGGCUGCCAGAGGGACAAAAAAAAACACUGGUGGGCAAGGAAACAGUCCCGGUGACAACCGUUACGGCUGCACCUAAAGGUGAAGGACGGAACGGGAAACAAAAGAAGACAACAGGACCGAAAAUCUGAAAAUAUAUUUUGUUUUUUUUUGUCCCGACUCACCUUUUUUUCAAACCAGAAAACAGUCUCUGGGCGUUAAGGGAAAUCUGAGGACCUAUUUGGGUGGAAAUGGCCAAGAAGGAGGAAAAGGGGAAAAUAAAACGAGGAAAAGUCCCCACAGCGAAAUUUACGGCAUAGACACGCUGACUAAUUGUUCGGAGUGAGGCUGUUGUGGGUUGGCUGGCUUUAUUUUUUUUCCCUCCCACCGUUUUGGGUACUUUUUAUGUAGCGAUGAGUUACGAGCGAGCGGUUGCUGUUUUCCGGCAUCGCGAAUCAAUUCGGAUUCUUUAGUGUGCAGAAGCAGAAUCUCUGAAUUGCUCCAGCACACGGAUCGGAUUUGCACUCAGCAAGUAUGCGUCAGUGUUUUUUUUUUCAUUUUUCAUUCUUCUCUUUUUUUUUAUUUCCUCACAUCAUUUCACAAAGAGGCAGAGGGAUCCGAAGUGCUGACAGAAGCGAUGCUGACCUCGGAGCAUCUUACCCACGACGUUAUCUCGACCGGUCGAGAAUCUCCACACGUGUUUACCAGAACCAGAAACUGAUAAUGCAGGUCUGAAGGGCAGAUCUCCAAUUUACAUGAACUAAAUUUGUUAAUUCUUCAGUCGGAGGUUUCGGUUCCUAUUUUCACGUGUAAUGGCUGAUUGUGUGGCCAUGGCUGCCCCUUAGACUUUUAUUAUACAGUAAGUGAGUGUGCGAGUCAUCGUUCGCCGUUUAGAUCAGGACAUCUGACGCUAGGGGUGGGCCAAUUCAUUGAUUCAUUAUUUUGAAUAAAUUAAAUGAACAGAAUAAAAUUCAAUAAAAUUGCAUCCAAAUGAAUUAAUCAAUCAUUUAAGCUGACAUUGUGGUUUGUUUC